AUGGUCAGAAAAAAGCGCACCAUCGAAGAACUCCUCAAUGAUACGUGCGGCGCUUGUCACGAGACUUUUCGGACAAGUCAGGGCCUGUGCGCGCACCAAACCAUGAGCAAGAAAUGCUCAUGGUACAAGAAAGGAAAACUCAAGGAGAUCUUCGAGGUCCAGGGCCGUCAGGAGUCUUUGAACGACGAACCCGUUGCAAAUCUAUCACCCGAAGAGGAUGCAGAUGAGGACGAUGAAGACGAGGACGACGAAUUAUCGUCACUAUACGACUUUAUAGAUGUACGAACCGCGCUCUCGCUCGAUGACGACGACGACGAGCGUGUGGUAGACGAAGAUACAGAAGCUGGAGAGGUUACUCAAGUUGACGAAGACGUGCGCAGGAGAUGGCUGGAGGGCAAGGAAGGUCGAAGUUCAAGUAACACAGAAGACGCGACAAACAGUGACGGAAAGAACCCAUGGGAGCCAUUUCAGUCAGAGAUGGAUUGGCGAUUCGCGUCUUGGGCAAUCCAGGAAGGACUGACGCAGGGUUCCAUCGACAGAGCGUUAGAAAUACCCGGUUUCCAAGAGAGACUCGGCCUGUUGUAUCACAACAGCCGUGCUCUCUUACAGUGCGUGGAUUCGCUGCCCGAGAGGGCAGAAUGGACGGAAAGGUUGCUAUCGUUCAGGGACCGUCCUAACGAGAAGCACCUUGUUCAGUUCCGCGACAUAAUCCAGGCCAUUCGCACCUUGUUGGGAAACCCUGAACACGCGGAUCAAAUCGUGUACAGACCGCGGUGUAUAUUCUCAGACAAGUCGAGGACGCACCGUCUCUACAACGAGAUGUGGACAGGGCGUUGG